UCGCUGAGGUGCGUACACAGUUUUUGAAUCAGUUUGUAUUUGAUAGUAAUUUGUAGUGGUCACAAGAAAAUCAUAAAGAAAAUGUCUGAUGCUAGUGAGUCUAAAUUUGGUUUCAAGGACAAGGAAAAGGCAGAGGAGACGCUACAAUUAUUAGAGAGCCAUGAUAUGCAGUAUAGGAAAUUGACUGUACGAGGAUUACUUGGAAGAGCAAAACGAGUGCUUACAAUGACCAAAGCAGAAGAAAAAGUUAAAAAUAUAAAUGAAGCAAUUGCAGUAUUUGAAAAGUGGUUGGAGGAAUAUGGAGGAGGUGCUGCUAAUAAAAACGCCAAAACGGAUAAGGAAGAUAAAGUAGAGACAGUACCUGGGCUUGGUUUUAAAGAUAAGGAAGCAGCAGAAACAACAUUACGUAUUCUUGAAGAUCGUGACCCAGAAUAUCAAAAACUCGCUGUUAAAGGUUUAAUUGGAAGUUCAAAACGCGUCCUUUCAGGUACAAAAAAUGAAGAUAAAAUCAAAUCAAUACAGGAAGGUGUAAAGAUAUUGGAAGAUUUUCUUGAGAAGUUUGAAACAGAAAAUAUGAUGAAGAAUAAUAAAGCAUAUCUAGCUUACACACUUAUCGAAGACCUUCCAGCUCCAAAAGCAGAGUUAGCUGCAGAAUUCAUUGAAGCAUACGGUGGUUCAAAGGCCAAAGGGAACUAUAAACAUCUUAGAACAAUGUACCCUAAAGAUGAUUCCAUAUCAUGGGAUAUUAUACGUAACAAAAACAUAUCAAAAAUUAUGGAAAGACUUAAGGCUGAAGAAGCUAAACUAUUUGAUAGUAAUGGUGCGCCAAGUGAUAUUCAUUUAGAAUUGAUUCAUUGGGCAUAUAGUCCUCAGCCAGAUAAAUUAAAAUCAUUUAUACAGAAAAAUAGCAAAAAAGUUGCUGAAAAGCGGAAGAGUGAUCACAAAACAAGCUCGAGUUCAGAAGAUAGUGAUGAUGAAACUCCUAAAAAAAAGAAAAGAAGCGAUUAAAAAUGUUCCAAUGUACUUUACAUAAAAUUUGAUAGUUCAAGUAACAUAUUUUAUUGUAUUGCAAACAAUAAACAC